GGGUGUUACAUAUUUAGUGGAAAGUAUAUUGCUGGCAAAUAUGUAGGACAGUCCCCAGCCUUACCAACAACCCUCCAAUGUCACCUUAGGGUGCAAAAUGGAAUUCUGGGAAAAAUAUCACAUUUUGGGUCAGAUUCAAGUAAUUAAAAAAACAUUAUUUUCAGGUUUAUCAUGUGAAAACAUUUAAUUACCGGAGAGAAAAAACCUUUAUCCUACGUCAGUUCCAGUUUUUCCUAUAGGCUAUAGAGAGGACUAUAGAGACGUUAUUCAUAUUGACUUACUUAACCCUUUGUAUCAAAGUUUCUAUUUUAUAGAAGGAGGAGACAGCCCUAAGCAGAAAACACCAUCAGUCCGGAUAAAUCAUUUUUAAUUCUUCUGCAGAGACUUUUGUGGAAAACUUCGAUUUUUGCUUGAUUUGAGAUUGAAAUGGAAGGAGGAGGGACUUAUUUAUUUUAUUUACAUUAUCAAUAUGGCGGUUAUUUGUGCUAAGGCUUGCGGUGAAUUGACACAUGAACCCGAGGACCAAUCAGGUCACUUGCUUUCCCUGAGCCACCAAAACAGUAUCAACGACAUUGUCUUUAUCCCGCCAACUCACACAGUUUAUCUUCUAGGGAUUAUCUACAGGGGCUCCUCUUCCUCCUCAUACUUAUCUCUCUGUCAUUUUCCUUCUAUAUCUUCCUGACUGUAAUGUCUUCUCUUUAUUAUACUGGAUAAUUCUCCCAAUCCCUCACCCUCAGAAUAACUGCCCUAAUUUACCAGCCCCUCACAUAUCUCUCCUAUACAUCACGUUCUCAUUAUAUCUGUCUUUCUCUCCUGUCUGUGCAUUCCACUCCAGCCUAUUCUCCCUGUCACUGGCAUCUCUCUCAUCUUUCUAUUCUCUUCCCUCCCUAUAUUCAUUCUGUCAUUUCUCUUUUUUUUCCGUUUCUUUUCUAAGAGCUUUCUCAGAAUAAAGAGCACCGUUCUUUUUAAUGUCUUCCUAUUUCCCUCCUCCCUCCAUCUCCCCCCUCCUUUCCGGCAACUCUACAGCCAAGCAUAUUACACAUAUAUAGAGAUAUACUGGUCCUAGCAAGGACCAGGCACUUAUCUUCCAUUCUCUUGCUGGGCAUAUAUCUCUAUGGACUUUGCCGGCUGCUCUCCCUCUCUUGUUUCCUUAACUCAUCUUCACAGCAGGCAUUAACCACUCCAAGCUUAUUAAAUGAGAACAUCUCCCCUAAACGCACUGACACCCUCAAAGGAAUUAGGAUCUAAAGAACUUUCAUCGACAAAAAGAAUGUUGUAAAGAUUAGCGCUGGAGAAAUGCCUGAUCUGUGGUGCUUAUUCCUGCAGAUACAAGACCCAAACUGCUGUAUUUCACUGCAGCACCCAACUCCUACAGACAUUUCUUCAAGGAAUGGACAUUGCUGAUUGAGCCCGAAGAGCAUCAGACCUCCUGAUCAUAGAAAAGUUUCUGCAGGGGAAAGAGAAUAUCAUUACUAUGGAGCUGGAGAAAGAUGUGCAACCUUUGCCUCCACGCUAUCGAUUUCGGGACUUGUUGAUGGGUGACUGGCAACAGGAUGACAGGGUCCAUGUGGAAUUUUAUGUCAAUGAAAACUCGUUUAAGGAACGACUAAAGUUAUUUUUUAUAAAGAAUCAGAGAUCAAGUUUGAGAGUCAGAGUCUUUAACUGUUCCUUAAAGUUACUGAGUUGCCUCCUCUAUAUUAUAAGGGUCCUUCUGGAUGAUCCGAGAGAGAGCAGGGGCGGAUGCUGGGAAUGUACCAAACAGAAUUACUCUGCACAACAGAAAUUUGACUGGACCCCAAUUAUUUGGGUAAAUAGACCUCUUCCCCUGUGGGGGCUUCAGGUACUCGUGGCGCUAAUUAGCUUCUGGGAAACAAUGCUUCUCACCUACCUUGGCUACAAGGGAAACAUAUGGGAGCAGCUCCUCCGGAUCCCCUUCAUUCUAGAGAUGCUGAACACCCUGCCUUUCUUUGUCACGAUUUUCUGGCCUCCGUUGAGGAAUGUCUUCAUUCCUGUUUUCCUCAAUUGCUGGUUGGCUAAACAUGCGCUGGAGAACAUGAUAAAUGACUUGCACCGAGCCAUUCAGAGGACACACUCGGCCAUGUUUAACCAGGUCUUUAUUCUGAUAUGCACCCUCAUCUGCCUCAUGUUCACUUGCAUCUGUGGGAUUCAGCAUCUGGAGAGAGCGGGCAAUAACCUCACCCUCUUUGACUCCCUGUAUUUCUGCAUUGUCACUUUCUCCACGGUGGGCUUCGGAGACGUCACCCCAAAGAUCUGGCCGUCACAGCUCCUGGUUGUCAUUAUGAUCUGUGUGGCACUCAUUGUGCUGCCCAUCCAGUUUGAGCAGCUCGUCUUCCUAUGGAUGGAAAGGCAGAAAUCUGGCGGGAAUUACAGCCGAUACCGAGCGCAGACGGAGAAGCACGUGGUCCUGUGCGUCAGUUCUUUGAAGAUUGACCUGCUUAUGGAUUUCCUCAAUGAAUUCUAUGCUCAUCCCCGGCUUCAGGACCAUUAUGUUGUUCUCCUGUGCCCCACUGAGAUGGACCUGCCUGUGAGGAGAGUCCUGCAAAUUCCUCUCUGGUCCCAACGAGUCAUCUAUCUGCAGGGUUCUGCCCUCAAGGACCAGGAUCUCAUGAGAGCCAAAAUUGAUGACGCAGAAGCCUGUUUUAUACUCAGCAAUCGUUUCGAGCGAGACCGCAUCGCAGCUGACCAUCAGACCAUCCUCCGUGCCUGGGCCGUGAAGGACUUCGCACCAAACUGUCCCCUCUACGUUCAGAUACUCAAACCGGAAAACAAGUUUCACAUCAAAUUUGCAGAUCAUGUGGUCUGUGAAGAAGAAUUCAAGUACGCCAUGUUGGCUCUAAAUUGCGUCUGCCCAGCGACUUCCACCCUGAUAACUCUGCUCAUCCACACCUCUAGGGGGCAAGACAGUGCCAGUUCUCCGGAUCAGUGGCAGAACACCUACAGCCGCUGCUCGGCCAAUGAAGUUUAUCACAUCCGACUGAGUGAAAGCAAAUUCUUUGGAGAGUAUGAAGGGAAAAGCUUUACCUAUUCAUCCUUCCACGCACAUAAAAAGUACGGGGUCUGUUUGAUUGGUGUCCGUCGGGAUAACAAAACCAGCAUCCUGCUGAAUCCAGGGCCUUGCCAUAUAAUGUCCUCAACAGAUACCUGCUUCUACAUAAAUAUCUCAAAAGAAGAGAACUCGGCAUUCAGUUUGAAAGACAACGAAGAAGCCAAGAAAUCCGGGUACCCAAAGUCUACCUACCAUGGGCUGACAAGGCUCCCUGUUCACAGCAUUAUAGCAAGCAUGGGAACAGUGGCCAUGGAUCUCCAAGGCUCCAGAAGCCCAGAGAGUGUGGAUGGGAAUAUGCUGAGCCCACCUGCUGAUGGAACUCAUACAAGGAAACACAGUAUAGACGCAGUGCUAGAUGUUGUGGAUGGCGACACCAGUACAAAUUUCGACCUUUUGAGUGACCAAUCAGAAGAUGAGACCAGCCAGUCAGACGAGGAGCUGGAUUCCUCCAUCAACCUGGUUAAGGGAUACCCCUCAAACACACCGUACAUUGGCAGCUCACCCACUCUGUGCCACUUGCUCCAGCAGAAGAAUCCAUAUUGUUGCCUGCGUCUUGACAAGAGCUGCCAACAUUACCCAUAUGAAGAUGCAAGGGCAUAUGGCUUUAGAAAUGCACUGGUGAUAGUGUCUGCAGAGCAUGCUGGUAACGGGCUGUAUAACUUUAUUGUUCCACUAAGAGCUUACUACAGAGGCAAGAAGGAGCUAAGUCCCAUCAUCCUGCUUCUGGAGAACCCGCCAGAUGUUCAGUUCCUGGAAGCCAUUUGCUGGUUCCCUCUGGUCUACUACAUGGUUGGAUCCAUCGAUAAUCUAGAUGACAUGCUGCGCUGUGGGGUCAGUUACGCGGCACACAUGGUAGUUGUUGGAGAGGAAAGCUCUAUGAUUGCAGAAGAAGACUACAUGGCUGACGCGCGCACUAUUGUCAAUGUGCAGACUUUAUUUAGGCUGUUCCCAGGGUUGAACAUCAUCACAGAGCUAACGCAUCCUGCAAACAUGAGGUUCAUGCAGUUCAAAGCCAAGGAUAAAUACUCCGUUGUACUCUCCAAGCUGGAGAAGAGGGAACGGGAACGGGGCUCGAACCUGGUCUUCAUGUUCAGACUGCCCUUUGCCGCUGGGAAGGUUUUCAGCGUCAGCAUGUUAGACACCCUCCUAUACCAGUCAUUUGUUAAGGAUUACAUGAUCUCCAUCACACGACUGCUGCUCGGCCUGGAUUCCAUGCCUGGUUCUGGAUUCCUCUGUGCCCUCCGAGUGACAGAAGAAGACCUGUGGAUCCGUUGCUAUGGGCGGCUGUAUCAGAAGCUCUGUUCCACUACAGGCGAUAUUCCCAUUGGGAUAUACCGUACUGAGACACACUUGCUGCCUGCCUCUGAGUCUCAGGUAUCAAUCAGUGUUGAAGAUUAUGAAGAUACAAGAGAGACUCGAUGGGGAGACCCUAGCCAGGGGCGACCCCUUCACCGGAACUCAACCUCCAGUGACCAAUCAGAGCACCCCUUACUGCGCAGAAAGAGCAUGCAGUGGGCCAGAAGGCUAAGCCGCAAGGGAGCAAGGCAGCCUGGGAAAUCGGCUUCGGAACGAAUCAGCCAGCAGCGAAUGAGUCUGUACCGGCGGUCGGAGCGGCAGGAACUCAAUGCACUGGUCAAGACCAGGAUGAAGCAUUUGGGGCUCUCCACUGCUGAGUACAGUAUGAAACAGAUGGACAUUAUGGACACUGACAACACUUUGUCCUAUAUCCUAAUAAACCCAUCUCCAGAUACCAAACUGGAACUUAAUGAUGUUGUUUACCUCAUCCGACCAGACCCUCUUACUCUGGUGUCUAUGAAGUCCCGUAAAGCUAGCGUCACACGCUCGGAAGGCACGGUAUACGACAUGAAGGACAGCACCCAUCUGUGAUGUCACAUCUUGCGCAAUAACGGCGUGAGAUUCUGGAAGUGGAGGACAAGGAAAGGUCGUGGUGUUGGGGACAUUGUCUCGCUUGGGGCUGACGGUGACAAUAUUUAGAGGCCACAGUGUCACAUCCUGGUAACAUGCAAGGAUCUCAACCCUACUCAUUGUCCCUGUCAAUACCUUUUGUCCUGCUCUGUGGCUUCCCAGACGUGCAGGCUGCUCCCUGGAACCUCUGCUUAUAUCACAAGCGACUAGAUGAAUGUAUUAAACGAAGGGAGAUGAUUGGCCAGCUACAGUAGCCCCUCAGUUCAGGAUUUGGGGGCCCAGGUGCUAUGCUUCUGGGUUAAUGGCUGCUGAGCUGAGAAACUGGCUGGUAGCCAUGAUAGCCCCUUCUGGAAAACGAGUCUCAAUCAGAAGUAGUAGAGUAGGUAUAUAAUAUUUUUGCUAGACAAACAACUGAAUAAACCCCUAGACUUUAUAAAAUCAAAAGAUUCUGCUUAUUUUUGCUACACAGAGGUCUGAAAAAGUUAUUUCUGCUACCCGGAGUCUGUUUGUUGGUCCAAUCAGAAAGUAAGAUUUGCCCUACAGGGUUUCCAUAUCCCUCUGCACACUUUAAGCUCCUCCCUCCCAACAUUAUAUGUCCCAAGCCACAUUGAAGACUAGUGUGCUUUUAUCUAAAGCCGCAGCCUUGGGUAUGGGGCUAGCUACUGGAGCCACAGAGCCAUUGUAAUUGAUAAUGUCCUGGAAAGGCUAACAGCGGCCCUGGCUUAUAGCACCAUGGAAUCAUCACUUUGGUUGAUGGCCAUAGACCAGCAAUGAACAUCAGAACCCCAGUAUUUCUGGGUGUCCCUGAGGGUUUUCAUAUAGAGGAGACCCUAGGAUUUCUACACAGAAACAUUCACCAGCAAACGAGGGGACCAAACCUUAAUCUCCAGACCUAAAAUAGUAAAGGAGCCUCCUAGGCCUCCUUUCCCCGUAUACAGAUUACAUGAGGAACAUCUAAAGGUACCAAGCUCAGACUGCCCUUGGUUCAGUGUUAGAGAUGCCAGUCUUAAGCCUUAGACGACGUGCCAAACAUGUGUAAAUGCACAUUUGAGGUUUUUAGAUGUUAAGCCACCGUACCAACAUCAAGGUAACCCCCAUAGAGUGACCCUAAGCCUUUAACCUUUGGUCAUCAUUUUUAUAGGCUUGCACCUCCCUGCUUGGUCUCCUCACCAAAGCAUUGGUCCUACAGGCUUAUCCUCCCUACUGUAGCUCAGACAUCUCCACGGCCUACAUCCAUUUGUAAACCCAUAAGCCCACCAUUAAAGGAACAGGUGUUGGGGGUGCAUGUAUUUGAUAUCCAGGCAACCAACAAACUUCAAUGCAGUUGCGGCAAACUGAUAACCAUCCCCUUAAGGCAGUGUGAAAGUGAGUGCUGGUCUGUGAGAUACACAGGUACAACAGUGGUACAGUAUUGUGUAUAUGGCCAUCCCAUAACUUGGUAGACAUUGUUUGUCUUGAUUGUAUAAGUGUAAAUCUGUAUCUGUACAUGAUCAGGAUCCUGUGUGUAAUGUUGUGUUUUGAGUCUUGAUGCGCAACUCUUGACCUAUUAAGUUGUCUAUUGUGUCCAGCCUUGCCGAGGGCGAGCUACAUUCCAUCUGUGGGGUAGGGGAGAUAGGCUUGGAAGCUCUGUAUCCAGCCCUGCGCAGGUUGCUAGGCACAGAAGGUGCACAUGAUUACCCUAUGGGAGUAAGGAGUAACAUAUUUUGCCAUUAAUCACUGUGAAAUAAAGAAUGUGCCCAAAAAUCUU